AUGACCGGCUUCAAGUCUCUUACCGCACUGGCGCUUUUUGCCGGUGCUGCCAAUGCCAUUUGGCCCCAGCCCGUUAGCUACGAGCAUGGAUCCACGGUUGUCUGGAUUUCAGAUGACAUAUCAAUGACCUUCUCAGGGCCCACCAACAACUCCCAAAAAGCCACCGACAAAGUCAACCAGGCCUGGGACCGCACAAAGACGAUCCUCUUCAGCGACAACCUCGUCCCCUGGAAGUUCCACAAGCGCGGCGACAACUUCGAGCCCGCCGACACCAACGGCCCCAAGCUCAAGAACAUCGUCAUCACGCAGACAACCUCCGAAACCUCCGCCCCCGCCGAAUACGGUACGGACGAGAGCUACAACCUCACGAUCCCCGACGCUGGCGACAGCGCCUACAUCACUGCGCCCACCUCCUUCGGUGUCCUACACGCCCUCAACACCCUCACCCAGCUCUUCUACGCCUCCAACAAGCACAAAAACAACGGCGUAUAUUCGCCCCUCGCCCCCGUCGAGGUCCUCGACAAGCCAAAGUUCCAGCACCGCGGCCUCAACCUCGAUGUCGCCCGGCAGUGGUACCCCAAAGAGGACAUCCUCCGCACCAUCGAUGCGCUCGCAUGGAACAAGAUGAACCGCCUCCACCUCCACGUCACCGACUCGCAGUCCUGGCCUCUCGAGAUCCCGGCGCUCCCCGACCUUGCGCCCUGCGGUGCGUAUGCCGAGGGUCUCAUCUACACUACCGAGGACCUCGCCGAGAUUCUCGACUUUGCUGAGAAGCGCGGCGUGCAGGUGAUUAUCGAGAUUGACAUGCCCGGACACACGUCGGCCAUUGCUGAGGCCUAUCCAGAGCUGAUCGCGGGGUGGAACAUCCAGCCCAACUGGGACCGCUAUGCCGCCCAGCCGCCAUCAGGCUCUCUGAAGCUGAACAACGAGGCCGUGCGCAAGUUCCUGACCACGCUAUUUGGCGACCUGCUACCGAGGCUGAGAGACCACACGAGCUACUUCCAUACCGGUGGUGACGAGGUCAACAAGAACGUCUAUCUGUUUGACGAGGGAAUUGCAUCGAAUGCGACAGAGGUGCUUACGCCGGCGUUGCAGAAGUUUAUCGACCAUGUGCACAGCGAGGUCCGGAACGGCAAGAUGUCGCCGGUGGUGUGGGAGGAGAUGUUGAUUGAUUGGAAACUCACGUUGCCCAAGGAUGUCAUUGUGCAGACAUGGAUCAGCGAUGCGUCGACCAAGACUGCCGUAGAGAAGGGCCACAGAGUCAUCGCUGGCAACUACAACUUCUGGUAUCUCGACUGCGGGAAUGGUCAGUGGCUCGAUUUCGGCCCGAACGUCUACAAGCAGUUCUACCCCUUCAACGACUACUGCUCACCCAAGAAGAACUGGCGUCUUAUCUACUCCUUCGACCCCGUUGCCGGACUCACACCCGAACAGGCUGCUCUUGUCCUCGGCGGUGAAGUCCACGCAUGGAGUGAGCAGAUUGACGGUGUCAGCCUCGACGGCGUCGUCUGGCCGAGGGCCUCAGCUGCCGGAGAAGUUCUCUGGAGUGGUAGAACCGAUGCACAGGGCGUGAACAGGACGUUUGCAGAUGCGAGCCCAAGAUUGGCGGAGUUUAGGGAGAGGCUUGUGUUGAGGGGAGUCGGUGCCGGUCCGAUCAUGCAGCUUUGGUGCCACCAGAAUGAGGGCGAUUGUGCGCUGAAUUAG